UCGAGGGCUCAAGCACGACCACUGUGAAGAUGAAUUUCUUUGGCGCCUUCAUUGCGCUCGCCAUCUGUGCACUAUGCGGAUUAACCCAAGCGGAUAUAUCGCUCAAGUUGCGACAGCAACAGCAGCAACUGCAGCAGCAGCAACAACAGCCGCUGAUCACCAAGGAGCAAUACUACAAGACGGGCGGUGGCUUCCAGGAGAGCAACUACGGCAAUUCCGGCUAUCAGAUCUUUGAGGUGCACAACCAUUUCGCCGCCAAGGGACCCGCCUAUCUGCCGCCUCAGGGUCAGGCUGCAAGUGGUCAUGCCAACGAUGAUAGCUUGGACUUGAGCUUCCUCAACUUCCCCGAUGCGCCAGCUACAGCGCCAGUUGCCACUUCGGCCGCAGCUGCUCCUGCAGCAGCUCCUGCGUCGAUUCCUGUGCCCUUCCCUUCGAGCUACCAGCAUGAUUUCCAGCGCAAGGCUCCGGCUGCAUCCUCGGUGGGUUACAGUGGUCAGGCCUAUCUACCACCCACGGCUGCCGCACCCAUUAUCCAGCAGCAGCAGCAGCAGCAGCAGCAACAGCAGCAACAAGUGUUUCAGCAGCAGGAGUAUGUGCAGCAGCAGCAACAGCAAGUGGUUCCACAGCAGCAACAGCAAGUGGUGCAGCAGCAACAGGUGCAACAGCAGUACAGCCAACAGAACUACGAGGCACCAGCAUAUCUGCCACCCACCACCAGCGAGGCAGUUGCUCAGCCAGUGUCCAACUACCAGCUACCAACUACCAUCAGCUACCAGCAGCAGCAGAAGGUCUUCCAAGGACCAACAUAUCUGCCACCACAGCAGGAACAGCAGCAGCAGGUGCAGCAAGUUCAAGAGGUGCAACAGCAACAGCAGCAGCAGCAGCAAGUGCAGCAGAUUCAAUCCGUUCAGCAGCAGCAACAGCAGCAGAUUUCAGUGCAGGAACAGGGUCAGGAAUACCGUGCUCCUGGUUAUCUGCCACCUGGCUACGAGUUCUCCAAUCCCGAUCAGUUGCCCGUGUCGCUCAGCCAGAGUGUCGCCACCUCGCAGAGUGUGUCGUCCGUACAGAAUGUUGCCACCGCACAGAGCGUUGCAUCCGUGCAGCAGACUGUCGGCGAGUAUCGUGCUCCUGGCUAUCUGCCACCUGGCUACGAUGAACCACGUCCUCAGGCACCAACUCAGAUCACGUACCAGCAGCCACAGCAACAGCUGCAGCAGCAAGAGUUGCAGCAGCCACAGCAACAGUUGCAGCAGCAACAGGUGCAGCAGCAACCUCAGCAGCAGCAACAGGUGUAUGCUGCUCCUACACAGGCAACCAUUAGCAAUCCUGGUGCCCUUCCCGAUGGCUAUGAUUUCGUUAAGCCCGAAAAUGCCGAGGCCGCCAUUGCCGAGCUGCACAGCCUGCAGACUCAAACCAAACUGCUGAAGCAACAGCAGGAGCAGCAGCAGUUGCUGUUGCAACAGCAGCAGCAGCAACAGCUGCAGCAACAGCAGCAGCAGCAGCAACAGCUGCAGCAACAGCAGCAGCAGCAGCAGCAGCAGGUGCAACAGCAACAGCAACAGCAACAACAGAUCGUCGUGCAGUCUCAGUUGCAGGUUGCCCAGCAACAGCAAAACGCAGACAUCGUCUAUGGUCGCCCCAAGUCGCAGCAGCAACAAGCAUUGGCUCCUCAAAGCACACUUGCAACAUCUACUGCCGGCAGCUACCAGCAACAGUUUACGGCUCCUGCUUACCUGCCUCCAACUGCCACUGCCCCAGCUCCAUCGCCAGUUGCAGCUCCUGCUCCCGUUGCCAUUCCAGCUCCUGCUCCCCUGGCUGCUCCUGCUCCUGCUCCUGCUCCAGCUCCAGCUCCCGUUGCCGUUGUCCAGGCUACAGCCACUUCUAGUGCCUAUCAACAGCAAUACCGGGCUUCUGGCUAUCUGCCCCCAGCAGUGGCCGCUCCUGCUCCUGUUCGAGUUGCUGCUCCGGCUCCAGCUCCUGCUCCUGCUCCAGUGCAUGUUUCAGCUCCAGCUCCUCUGCGAGUUGCUGCUCCUGCUGCCGCUCCCGUUCGAGUUGUUGCUCCUGCUCCAGCUCCAGUGCGUGUUGCAGCACCCAUUCCAGCGCCCGCGCCCGCUCCUCGCGCUCCCAUUCACGUGAGUGGACCCGCUCCCAUUGCCAUUUCCCUGCCAGCUCCAGCGCCCACCCAGGUGACGCACAUCCACUCCCUAAGGAGCUACAUGAACACCGUACAGCCCUUCGCACGCUAUGCGCAGCCAGUCAGUCUACGCCAGCAGCAGCAGUAUCAUCAUGUCCAGCAGCAGCAGCAGCAGCAACAGGUCAUCGAGGUGGCGCCCAUGUACCGUGAGCAAUCGAAGCGUCCUCGUUUCUAUGCCCCCGCCUACGUGAGCAACGCUGUGCCCCGCCAGCAGCAGGCCCAGCACCACCUGCACCACCACUACCAUCGCGUGGUGCAGAGCCAGCAGAAGCUGCAGCCCACGCUGAGCUUCAAGGCGCAGCAAUCGCUGCAGAAGUUCAUGCCCAAGGACGUUCAGGUGGCGGUGAAUGUGGCCAUGGCGGCGACGGCGCCCGUGGUGGCACCACCCGCCCUGCGUGGCAGCUCCCGUGUGCGCACCGUGCAGAUAGUGAAGCCACAUGCCACACGAACCUUCAAGGUGCUGGAGCAACUCGAUCAGGCUGGUGUGAAGACGAUCAAGAUUCUGGGAGCGACCAAUGAGCAGCCGCAGGGACGCCAUCAGGUGGUCAAGGUGGUCACCCAGAAUGCGCACAGUGGUGCGGAGAGUCAUGUGCAGACCGUCAAGAUCUAUGACGAUGUGCAGCAGCCACUGCGAUUGCUGCCACAGAGCAAUGCCUACUUGCCACCAGCGCGUCCCAGGGCGCGAAUUGUGCGGCAGGCGUCGAAGCCACUGCGUCUGCAUCCUGUGGCCAGUCUGUAG